AUGAUGCACAUGCAGGAGAUCAAGGAACGUCACCAUCAAAUACAGCGAGGUAGAAACUCUGAUGAUGAGAUGGAUGUGACAGAAAUAGAUCCAAUGGUACCAAAUAAUUUAGCAUCACGGCGCUUAAAUCCCGAGAGUUGGAUGCGUGUUGUGAUGAAUAAGAUCUGGCCUGUUGCACUAUUUGUCGUAGCUUGUCUGGGCAUGUACGAAGUGAAUUUUGUUUCGGAAAUUUUGCAUUCGUCUACUGCGAAUCGCAAUUUUGUGCAUUUGUCAAUUAUUUUUGGAACACUUCUUGGUGGGUUUGCCUGCUACAUUGAAGUGUACCGCAGUAUUAUACGAGGAGAACACGUUCGGUAUGAGAGUGCCAAGACGGCAACUCAUGGAAUGAUGGCAUCUAUGCUAGCAUCAGGAUUAUGUGCGAUUGUUGGAAUGUGGCCAGUGUGGCACUGGCUUACGUUGCCGUAUCUGUUCAUGUGGUCAUGGGGUGUCGUACUGCAGUUACUUGUAAUUCUGCCGCCAUUUCUACAACGAAUACGGGAAACUGCCAAGGAAAUAGCGCGUCGUAUGUGUGACAAGGGCCAUUCAGUUGAGUUUUGUAGUCGCAACAUAGUGGACUUGUCGUUUCUUAGACGUUUCCACUGA